CACUGAUGCUGGACUGAUGCUGCUACUCCUGUACUUGCGUCCUUCCUCGGCGCCUCCUCCCACUCAACUCCGCUUUCCCAAACGAACGCCACCAAGGAUCCGCAUGCAGAGUCAUCGCGCUCCUCGACGUGCUUCACCGUUCAUUCUCCGUCGCAGGAAAGUCUAGCAAAAAAACGGGGCUUGGGGAGAAACCUACUUCCAACUGCUGCUCGGUCUGAAACAUCGUCGGAACCCCGUGCUUGUCUGCACCAGCGCAAAAAAAAAAGGAAGUUAUGUUGCAUUCGUUGGUUGAUGCUCUGCGUAAUGCGUCGUCUGUAGCACGGAGACCCUGGCUCUAAACGGUCUGAGCACGGACACCCGGGCACGGAACCCGCACAAAGCCGCGAGACCAGUCCAAUUGACUUUCUCUGGCGACCAAACUGGAUCUGACCGGGCUGGCUGGAGUGCAUCUUGAACGUUUGGGGAUGUUUUAAACGCGUUCUGGAGAUUUCCAAGGUUGUUUAAGGAUAUCUUUAUGGUCUUAGCAGAAAACAACCACAUCUAAGCGAAAGAAGAAGAAAAAAAAAACAUCGAGAAGGGCUUCAAAGGAGGACGUGCGCCUCGCGAUCUGGACGAGAGCUUCACUUGCUCCGGGAUUAAAACUAUCGCCUUGGUUUCGGCUCAUAGCGGGAGAAUAGAUUUUAGCUGCGGGAGAGAUGGAAGUUUUUCCGGCACUAAUGUUUCUGGUAACAUUGUGGAGUCUGAAGUGGGAGCCCGUGCUUCCUGAUUCAAUUAUUCACAUCGGGGCCAUAUUCGACGAGUCUGCCAAGAAAGACGACGAGGUGUUCCGCAUGGCGGUGGCAGACCUCAACCUCAACAACGAGAUCCUGGAGACGGAGAAGAUCACCAUCUCUGUGGAGUUUGUGGACGGGAACAACCCUUUCCAGGCGGUACAGGAAGCCUGCGAGCUGAUGAACAGAGGUAUCCUCGCCCUGGUCAGCUCCAUCGGCUGCAUGUCGGCCAGCUCGCUGCAGUCCCUGGCUGACGCCAUGCACAUCCCCCACUUGUUCAUCCAGAGGGCACCGGUGGGCACCCCUCGCUCCGGCUGCCCCCCCACCACGCCCGGGCAGCCCGACGACUACACCCUCUUCGUGCGGCCGCCCGUCUACCUGAACGAUGUCAUCUUCCAUGUGGUGAUGGAGUACGCCUGGCAGAAGUUCAUCGUCUUCUACGACACGGACUACGACAUACGGGGAAUCGAGGACUUCCUGGACAAGUCGUCCCAGCAGGGGAUGGACGUGUCCCUUCAGAAGGUGGAGUCCAAUAUCAACAUGAUGAUUACUGGAAUGUUCCGCACCAUGCGGGUGGAGGAGCUGCACCGCUACAGGGACACGCUGCGUCGAGCUGUCCUGUUCAUGAGUCCCACCAGUGCCAAGGCCUUCAUCACGGAGGUGGUAGAAACCAACCUGGUAGCUUUCGAUUGCCACUGGGUCAUCAUUAACGAGGAGAUCUCUGAUCUGGACCUACAUGAGUUGGUGAUGAAGUCUAUUGGCCGCUUGACUCUGAUCAGACAGACAUUCCCUCUUCCCCAGAACUCGAGCCAGCGCUGUGUCCGGAACAACCACCGCAUAAACAAUUCCCUCUGCGACCCCAAAGACUCCAAGGCCCAGACGCUAGAGAUCACCAACCGCUACAUCUACGACACGGUGCUGCUCCUGGCCAACACCUUCCACAGGAAGCUGGAGGACCGCAAGUGGCACAGCAUGGCCAGCCUGUCGUGCAUCCGCAAGGGCUCCAAGCCGUGGCAGGGCGGACGCUCCAUGCUGGAGACCAUCAAGAAGGGUGGUGUGAGUGGUCUGACCAGCCUGCUGGAGUUCACGGAGAAUGGCACCAACCCCAACAUCUUCUUUGAGAUCCUGGGCACAAACUACGGCGAGGACCGUGGACGUGGCGUGAGCAGGCUGGCAACCUGGGACCCGAUCCAUGGGCUCAACGGAACCCUCUCAGACCGGAGGCUGGAGAACAACAUGCGAGGAGUGAUCUUACGGGUGGUCACUGUCUUGGAGGAGCCGUUUGUCAUGGUGUCCGAGAACGUGUUGGGAAAGCCCAAGAAGUACCAGGGAUUCUCCAUCGACGUGCUGGAUGCCCUCUCCAACUACCUGGGUUUUAAGUAUGAAAUCUACGUGGCUCCUGAUCACAAAUAUGGCAUCCAACAAGCAGACGGGACCUGGAAUGGUUUAAUUGGGGAACUGGUUUUCAAGAGGGCAGACGUGGGCCUCUCGGCGCUGACCAUCACGCCGGAGCGCGAGAGCGUGGUGGACUUCACGGCGCGCUACAUGGACCACUCGGUGGGCGUCCUGCUGAAGAAGGCCGAGCGCACAAUGGACAUGUUCGCCUGCCUGGCGCCCUUCGACCUCUCACUGUGGGCCUGCAUUGCCGGCACCGUGCUGCUGGUGGGAACGCUCGUCUACCUCCUCAACUGGCUCAACCCGCCGCGCCUGCCCAUGGGCUCCGUCUCUUCCACUACUCUUUACAACUCCAUGUGGUUCGUCUACGGCUCCUUCGUGCAGCAGGGUGGAGAGGUACCCUACACCACUCUGGCCACGAGGAUGAUGAUGGGUGUCUGGUGGCUCUUUGCCCUGGUCGUCAUCUCUUCAUACACGGCUAAUCUGGCGGCCUUCCUCACCAUUUCCCGAAUCGAGAACUCCAUCCAGUCGCUGCAGGAUCUGUCCAAGCAGACGGACCUGCCCUACGGCACCGUCCUGGACUCGGCCGUGUACGAUCAGCUGCGCAGCAAGGGUCGCAACCCCUUCGAGCGGGACCCCAUGUACGCGCAGAUGUGGCGCAUGAUCAACCGCACGGGCGGGGCUGAAAACAACCUGGAGGACUCGAAGGAGGGCGUGCGCAAGGUGAAGUACGGGCGCUUCGCGUUCGUGUGGGACGCGGCCGUGCUGGAGUACGUGGCCGUUAACGACGAGGACUGCUCCUUCUACACCGUGAGCAGCGGCUCCCCGGACCGAGGCUACGGCAUCGCCAUGCAGCACGGCAGCCCCUACAGGGACAUCUUCUCUCAGAGGAUCCUGGAACUGCAGCAGAACGGCGACAUGGACAUCCUGAGACUGAAGUGGUGGCCGCAGGACAGCCCGUGUGACUUCUACUCUCCGGCGGGCACCAGGCGGAGCGCCAGCGCCCUGGACAUCCGCAGCUUUGCCGGCGUCUUCUUCGUCCUGGCGGCGGGUGUCGUGCUCGCCUGCCUCAUCGCCACCAUCGAGACCUGGUGGACCAGGCGAAAGGGUUCCAGGGUGCCCUCGAAAGAGGACGACAAGGAGAUCGACCUGGAGCACCUCCAUCGCCGCGUGAACAGCCUGUGCACGGAGGACGAGAGCCCCCACAAGCAGUUCUCUGCCUCCUCUGUCGACCUGACGCCACUGGACAUGGACUCCCUGCCGGCCGCCCGCCAGGCCCUGGAGCAGAUCAGCGACUUCCGCAACACACACAUCACCACCACCACGUUCAUCCCUGAGCAGAUCCAGACGCUGAGCCGCAGCCUGUCGGCCAAGGCAGCGGGCGGCUUCGCCUUCGGCGCCAUGCCUGACCAGCGAACUGGGGGGCCCUUCCGGCACCGCGCCCCCAACGGCGGCUUCUUCCGCAGCCCCGUUAAGGGAAUGUCGAGCAUCCCCUACCAGCCCACGCCGGCCCCCAGCUUCAGCUACGGCAACGACCCGGACAGGGGCACCUCCAUAUGAGGUGCCGCGGGCCGGGCCGGCCGGGCCGGACGCAGCGUGAACCAGAGAGAGAUACCAGUGUAAAUACCAAGCUGCUUCUUUUUUUGAUCUUCCUUGCGCUUCAGAUUUUUUUUGAAGGGGGGUGCAGGGUGUCGUUUGCUUUCGGCGGUGGAAUGGGGUGUUUGUCCUGCCUGAGUUCACCUACUUGUCGAGGAUGGUGUUCAGUUUCAUCGUUGUCCUUGUGGUCAUUGGGAGAUAUCUCGUGUAAGCAACAUGACUAUGCUUUUUUUGUUUGGGUUGUUUUUUUUCUUCCACAUGGACUUUUGAGGACUGCGCUUUGUGGGGAGAGCAUAAAAAGACUAAUUUAACAGUACAAAAACAGGAUGUUUACAUUUAAUCCAUUUCCUUUCGUUUCUGGACAAAAGGAGGUGGAUAAAAAAAACCUAGUGCACUUUGCCGAGUGACCUGCGGAUCCGCGAGAGCCCGAGGCCCGUGCGAGGAGCCCCGCUUCUCUUCCCGUGACUCAACCGGAGCUCGGUCGGUGUUCGCAGGCGCACCCGGCAGGCGGCCAACGCAGCUGUAGGGGCGGCUUCGUGCAGUGACUGGAGAGCAGGACCGCUCUGGCUGCCCACACCGCUCUUGCUGCAGCUUUCCCAGCAUUCCGAGUAUUCCGGGCGUUUCGGGUUCUCCGGGGCGUCCCUCCGCUCCUCGCCCCUGUUUGCUGUGCCAUCUCUCUGAGGUCGGAUCCUUCAAAGCACGCUUAGGACACUCUGGAAAACCAAGUCCGAAGGAGAGGGGUUAAACACAUAGAAAACGUGCACCUAAGGCUUCUAAUUGUGUUUUAUUGACUUUUAGUAUAACAAAUCUUAAAUGCGUGGAAUGUGUAUGGUCAGAGAGUUUAAACAAGAAAAAAACUUUAGCAGUGCUGUCUGUUGUUACCUUUCUUUUCUUUCUAUAAGUUUUAAUAUUGCUUCAGUGCCAUCAUCUUACACUGGUUUGCAUCCUUAAGUCAUGGAAGGCUUUUUUCCCCUGUCCUGUAGCUGUAAGCGAGGGGUUGAUGAACCACAUUUUGUACAAUAAGUCCACCACGUGCACCGCCAGCUCAUGGCUUGCGUCAUAGCUGUCAGAGGUGGAGUGCGAGAGCUUUCAUACAGAUCCUCGACACAAGCCUUGGACCGAGGGCUCUUUCUAAUUCUGCGCCACGCGUCGCCGGCCAACACCAGGCCGUCUGAAAGAGGAGACGCGGCGGCCGCUUUCGGGGAAUCGUUUGAAACAACUUUCUAUUUCGUUUCAUAAGUGUUAAGGGGUAAUAUUUAUCUAACUUUUUUUUUUUUUUUUUUUUUUUUUUUUUACAAAGUGCUAAUUGUUACAACGAGGCCAUCAAAGUGUGAUGACAAGUUUAAAAAAAAAAAAGACACAUUUUGAAGAGUAAAACAAACAAACAAAAAAAAAAAUAUCAAAAAAACAUCCAAGCAGUUUUCACUAACACUAUUAAUAUGACUAAUGUUAGUUGUUUAGAAUGAGCUUUAAGUUCGAUAUCCUCCAACUAAUUCACCGACGUCGUGUGUAGAGAGCUGCAACAGUCUUCUGAGGAGAGCAUCCUAGCUGUACUUUUCUUUAGCUUUGGCUACUGAAUGACAAUAGGAACAAUUUUUAUUUAGUAUCGAUUUUAAAAAAGUUUAUUUAGUAUAAAUGAAGAGAGAUUAAAAUGUAUAUUUUACAUGGAGAUCAUUUUUGUUGAAUUCAAGGAAAAUAUAGACUUUAACAUAAAAGCCUAGCGUUAUGAUAGCCACCAUUGCACUAAUUGAGUUCUCCACAGUCCCUUGAUGGUAAAGCAUUCUGGUUUUGACAUUUCACUUUGAGUUAUGGAUUUAUGAAUAAGAAGGCAAUUCUUUUCCAUAAAAAAAGAAACAUGCAAACAGGCAAAGCCUGUAACAUUUUUAAUUUCUUACAUAGUAUGUACAGGAUUACUUGGUCAUUUUCAACCAGUUAUAAUGUACAGUAUUUAAUAUAGGCCUAUUUUGUUGUAUGUGUUGCAUAUUAUUCAGAUGGAACAAACUGAGGCCUCUGUUACAAGUGGCAAAGCUUUCUGUGUAUAAUUUGUCUAAUAAACAUGUUUUCUACA